CUCGCCAUUGAAUGCCAGGAAGAAAAAAGCAAUUAGGGUUUCCGAUUUUCCUAAACUCUUCAGCAUCAAUGGCUCCGGUGGAAUCUGCUCUCCCCAGCGACGGGAAAGUCUCGGGGCUCGACUCGGAGAAAGCCUACGUGACAUUCCUAGCUGGGGCGGGCGACUAUGUGAAAGGCGUGGUCGGGUUGGCUAAGGGUUUGAGGAAGGUCGAGAGCGCUUACCCUCUCGUCGUGGCGAUCUUGCCGGAUGUCCCGGAGGAGCACCGCCAGAUCUUGAGGGAUCAAGGUUGCAUCGUCAAGGAGAUCGUUCCCAUCUACCCGCCCGAAAACCAGAUUCAGUUCGCCAUGGCCUACUACGUCAUCAACUACUCCAAACUCCGUAUAUGGAAUUUUUUGGAGUACAAGAAGAUGGUGUACCUUGAUGCUGACAUCCAAGUAUACGAAAACAUCGAUCACCUGUUGGAGACACCGGACGGGUAUUUCUACGCGGUGAUGGACUGCUUCUGCGAGAAGACAUGGAGCCACUCGAAACAAUACUCGGUGGGGUAUUGCCAGCAGUGCCCGGAGAGGGUGGCGUGGCCGGGUGAGAUGGGGUCACCUCCUGCGCUCUACUUCAACGCGGGCAUGUUCGUGUUCGAGCCUAGCAAGGCCACCUACGACGACCUCCUCCACACCCUACGCAUAACCCCGCCCACGCCAUUCGCUGAGCAGGAUUUCUUGAACAUGUUCUUUGAGAAAGUGUACAAGCCAAUUCCUCUCAUCUACAACCUCGUUCUAGCGAUGCUUUGGCGCCACCCGGAAAACGUUGAGCUCAACAAAGUCCAAGUUGUUCACUACUGCGCUGCUGGAUCGAAGCCAUGGAGGUACACAGGGGAAGAAGCGAACAUGGAGAGGGAAGAUAUCAAGAUGCUGGUGAAGAAAUGGUGGGACGUGUACAACGAUGAGUCGUUGGAUUUCAAGGCAGUUGCAUCAAGGCCAUCCAUCUUGGCUUCCCUCCCCGAGCCUGCGGUUUCAUACAUACCUGCUCCUUCUGCUGCUUAAUUCACACCAACCAACCCCCACUAUACUAUAUGCAAUAAUGCAAUCUUUAUUACUACUAGUAUUCUCCUUUUCUUUUUAAACAUAUAUAUUCUCUGUUUUUUCUUAGGCUGCUUGGCUUGAUUUUUUUUAUGUGCAACUAAACUCUAUGCUUCUGUUUCUAUUCAUAUGCAGUCAAUAAAUCUUUGCAAUCGCAAUUAUUAUAGUUAAA